CAAACUGCCUAGCUGGGCUAGAGCCGUUGUUCCCAAAAUAUUUUAUGUUACAGAGAAGGCUUGGAAUUAUUAUCCUUAUACAAUCACAGAAUACACAUGUUCAUUUUUGCCUAAAUUCUCCAUUCACAUAGAGACAAAAUAUGAGGACAACAAAGGAAGCAAUGACAGUAUUUUUGACAAAGAAGCUAAAGACCUGGAGCGAGAAGUCUGCUUUAUUGAUAUUGCCAGUGAUGAAAUUCCUGAGCGCUAUUACAAGGAAUCAGAGGAUCCUAAAUAUUUCAAGUCACAGAAGACUGGGAGAGGCCAAUUAAAAGAAGGCUGGAGAGAGACACAUCAGCCCAUCAUGUGUUCCUACAAGCUUGUGACUGUGAAAUUUGAAGUCUGGGGGCUUCAAACCAGAGUAGAGCAAUUUGUACACAAGGUGGUCAGAGAUAUACUAUUGAUUGGUCACCGGCAGGCUUUUGCCUGGGUUGAUGAGUGGUACGAUAUGACUAUGGAUGAUGUUCGAGAAUACGAGAAAAAUAUGCAUGAAAAAACCAACAUUAAAGUUUGCAACCAACAUUCAUCUACUGUGGAUGAAAUAGAGAGCCAUGCCAAAGCAAGAGUAUGUCCCUUUUUAAAACAUAUUGCCCAUGCUCAGCUAAUACACCUGCACACAUCAGAGAAGAGCAACCAGCUGAUCUUGCUGACCAGUCAGUGGAAUCUGGGGGAGGUUUUGCUUCAGUAG